AUGCCCAUCUUCACCAUUAAAACACCUCCACAACCAACUUCAAUAGGACCACGCCCAUCCCACUACUACAAACACCUCCACCACCAACUCAAUAGGACCAUGCCCAUCUUCACAAUUAAAACACCUCCACAACCAAAUCAAUACGACCAAGCCCACCCCACCACUACAAAUACCUCCACCGCCAACUCAGUAGUACAAAGUCCACCCAAGUAUCAAAAACAUUUCCAACACCAACUCAAUAGGACCACGCCCACCCCACCACUACAAACACCUCCACAACCAACUUCAAUAGGAACACUCUCACCCCACCACUACAAACACCUCCACCACCAACUCAGUAGUACCACGCCCACCCCAGUAUAA